AUGGGUCCUGAAGAAGAUUCGGAAGCUGUUGUUGAUCCAAGAUUGCGAGUUUAUAGAAUUAAAGGAUUGAAAGUUAUUGAUGCGUCUAUCAUACCAUUUGUGAUAAGAGGAAAUACGAAUGCACCAACUAUUAUGAUUGCUGAAAACGGUAGUGACAUGAUUAAAGAGGGUUGUAUGAAUAAUUUUUUGUUUUUAUGUGUCGCUUCUUGUGUUCCGUUAAUAUUUGCUCAAGUAUGUUACGAUGACGGAAGUGAAUUUUGUCUUGAUGAAGAUGAUAUUUUGGCAGUUGAUUUAUUGCCUGGGUCUUUCGUUCUUGCUGGAGAAUCUGAAAGUAAUGAGAAGAGUAAAUUGGUCGACAAUUUUACUGCAGAUGGCACCUUCAAUAAGGCUUUUAGUGAAAUGGGUUAUCACAGACGAAGGAUGAACGAAUACCUCUGUCAUGGAUACAUAGCAGAAGAAAUAUUUACAGAAGUGGGCCCAGCUCGACUAAAACGUCGAUUAGAUUCUUCUACAGCAGAUGUUGUGUCCGAUUUCGUUGACGAGGAUAAUGUUACUAUCCAUGAUAAAUUAUUGUCAGACGAAGGCAGUUCCAAAUACAAAGAUUGGCUUCAGCGAACGACUACCUUAAACGACGUUUAUCAACAUUAUUCUCCCAAAAGAAAAACCAAAAUUAAAAAUCUUCGACCAGAGGACGAUUUCGAAGAUCUCGAGGGCGAUUUUACUGGAUACGAUAUUCCAAUGGCCGCACCUAUUCCAAAAAGCAAACAUCAUUACGUUGGUCCCUCUGGAGGAUCUGCUACGGGACAGCAUGCAAAUUAUGGCCCCCCUCCACAAGUGCAUUAUGGCCCCCCUCCACAAGUGCAUUAUGGCCCCCCUCCUCCAGUGCAUUACGGCCCCUCCAGUUUUGGGCCUUCUUCUCAUGGACCGUCAUCUCAUGCGUUUAAUCCUUCGAUUCACGAAGAACAUUAUUACUUUCCUCCAAAUCAUCAAGAAGAAAAACAUAUCUAUCAGAGCAAAAAAGGAGGUGAAAUUUCACUCAAGGACUUUUUUGAAAUUGCUCUAACGGCCUUGGCUUUUCUGGCUUUUGGAUUGUUUAUUAUUCAACUGCUGAUGAAUUGCGUGAAUAUGGCUACAGCAACAGCAGCAACAACUGCGAGCAUUUUUGCAGACCUGCCAAUCCAAGCAAGUGCACGUUCAAAGAGAAGUACCUCAGGUUCGUCGCCAUUAUCAUACUCUGGUAAUGCUGAAUUAAAUGAAUUAUCUCAUCGUGUUUUACGAUCCAUUGAAGCUUCUUUAGUGGCUCAAUAUGAUUCUGGAAAUUGUCUUCGAAGAAUCCUUUGUGAAGAUAACAGACAUUCUAAAAAUGUCCAUGGUGGCCAAAGAAUCUGGGUUCCUGUUUGGAGUUUAGGGAUGAGCUGGGUCUCUGGCAGGAUUCUGAAUAAGUCACCAUGGUCGGCAAUGUUGAAUUCUAUAAAAGCUUCAAUCCUCGGAUUGGGUAAUGCCGACUGUGCCACACUUUAUCCUGAGUGUAAUCUCGAAAGAGCAAGAAUUAAAAGACGUCGAAGAAGAAGGAAGUGA